CCUCGCAAGUCGCAAGACUUCAAACUCAACCAAAAACUAUACCCAACCAGCUAGCUAAAUCUUGAAAGCAUUCUGAUUCUUGUGCUCAGUUCAAAUUCAUCGCGAUUCCUGAAAAGAAUAAUAAUAAAUUGCUUGAACACCAUUGGGUUGUCUGGCAAAUUUUUUCACUUUAAAAUUUCGGUUUAUCCAUUCUUUUUUGUCAACAUAAAAAUAAAGGCUUUUUUAUCGAUUUAAGUUUUUUUUGAAAUACUCUCGUAAAACAACGAUAUAUAAAAUCAAACAAUAAAAACAUCAAAACAAAAAAAAAAAAACCGAGAGCCAAUUUGUAUAGGAAAGGGACUUUUUGUUGUGAUAUAAUAUAUUUCAAGGCAAGUGCAAUUCCAACUCUCUCACAGAAGAAAGAUACUUUCGGGUGAAGUGCGAAAAUUCAAUAAUAAGCGAGUCCUAUAUAUUUUUCAACAACAUCACAAUUUCCAAUUUUGUUGGGUUCAUGUAGGAGUAAGAGAAUGGGAAUGCCAAUGUUCGGGGAUAACCGCACUUUUUAAUAUCCCAUUCCCAUCCCUGUGCAGAUAGAUAUGCACUUAAUGCGGUAAUGUCAGUGGGCCAUUUUAUACCACCCAUAUUCCCUGUCCAUAAUCACGACGACGACGAAGUCGGUUGGCGGCGCGGCGGCGUUGCAGUAUUUUGUGUUGUGAUUUUUUAAUGUUUUUUUAAAAAUCAAUAAAAAAAAAUUUGAAAUUAAUCUGAAACUAUUACCGCAUCAAAGAGAGAGGAAACAGGUCAAUAUUUUAUUUAUAAAACGACAAUUGCCUGAGUUGAAUAGUAAUUGAUAAGCCCAACCGCGAAUAACCUGUCCAUGUGUCCAAUUGAAUUUAAUAAGAUUUUUUUUUUAAUUAGAAAAAAAGCUACAAAAACUCAUUGAAAAUUUGAAAAAACAAUCACGACCCGGUUGUUACGAAAUCGGUUGGUCUUCCAAAAACGGCUUUUUAUGUUAUUUUAUUCAACUUUUUUUGCCGCAUUUUUUUCUCAUUUUUUUCGCAUUUAUGAACGUUGUAUGAAGUAGUCUCAGAACCUCUCUAAAUUUUGUAUGAAUAUUUAUCUGUCACACACUAAAAAAAUAGUGUCUAUUUUUAAAAAGCCUCAAACUUAAAAAUGUUAAUUAUUUCAACUUUACUUCUUCUUCAUCGUCAUCGUCAUUAUAAUCGUCGCAUCUGGUAAAUAGAUACAAAAUACAAAUACUUUUUUUGUGCCUCGUCAGUCGGUAUAAUUUGCAAUUAAAAGCGUAUAAAUAACAGUGUGUUUUUGCUUUAAAGACAGCGCGUUUGUCGACCAUCGACCAUUAUAGAAAACAAAAUUGCUGUGGUCUAAAUUCAGCAAAAAGAAAAAAAAACAACAACAAAACAUUGCUAUAAAAAAGGUGCGGGCUAAGCAAUGAAAUUGCUGUGCUUCCAUGAAUUUUUACAAAUUAAAUGAGAUCAAGCAAGACAUAUUGGCGCGCCAUCAGGCGGUAUUUUUUGUUCUUCACAGCUAUUGCAUUGUUACCGUUAGCAUUAGUAUAUUUGGUUACCAAUGAGCAGAUUUAUAAAAUUAAAGGAUUUGAGGGAUAUAAAAAGAAACCCUUCUCAGACAAUUCGUUUCGAUAUCCUUUAAUGCUGAUUGGACCAUCCAAGCAGCUGCGAGAGAAAAUUGUCGGAAGUCCUAGGAAAAAGUUUCCAAAGAAAAAAGACUUUGUCAAUGACACAAAGAUCCCAAUCAUUCCCGAUGAUUCCAUACAAACCUUAUCACAAAGCGAUAUGCUUAUGGUGGAACAGCGUAUGGACAAAAGGCGAAAACACUUGGCUGAGAAAUGUUCCGAACACGGUUUAGAUUCUGCAGGAAAUGACUCCUGGCACAAACCCAAUCCGUGGGAGUUUUUAGUCAAUCACAAAUAUCAUAUAAUUUGGUGUAAUGUUUUUAAGGCAGCUUCAUCGUCUUGGAUGUAUAAUUUCAACAUCUUAGCGGGAUACACGCCAGAGUUUCUAAAAAAAACAAACGAAGUGCCAUUGGUUUUGGCAAGGAAGCGAUACCCCAGGGUAACUCUGGAGGAGCUACAAGAAGCACAAAAUGAUUCAAUCACGUUUAUAAUAGCAAGGCAUCCUUUUGAGAGGCUAUUGAGUGCCUAUAGGGACAAGUUUAUGUAUGCUGUGCCGCAUUCAUUUCACGAUAAACUAGGAAGCAAAAUUGUGCGAACUUAUAGAAAAAAACAUAAAGUUGAUCGUCACACACCAAGGUAUCCAACAUUUGCUGAAUUUGUUACUUGGCUGCUGGAUGAGAUCCAUCGUAAUAAUUUUAUCGAUAUGCAUUUAGUACCAGCUUCAAAGUUUUGUACACCUUGCUUGAUAAAUUUUGAUAUCAUUAUUAAAUUCGAAACUUUGGAGCAUGAUCAAGUGUAUUUAAUUGAUAAGGCACGUUUAAAGCAUAUUAUUGCGCCUGAAUGGCGUAACUCUGGCAAGGGUAAAAAUACACUUGAUCUCUUGCAAGCAUUUUAUUCGCAAUUAACCCGCAAGCAGUUAGAUGGCUUAUAUGAAUAUUAUAAGUACGACUUUGAAGUUUUCAAUUACAACGCAGCGCCUUACUUUAGUAUUGCCAAGAAAAACGAAGAAGAAACACCAAAUGCUUCAUAAAUUAUAAAUUCAAGCUCAGUUUUCUAUAAGAAAAUAAUAAUAAUUGAAAUAUUAUAAAACCAAGGAUCAAUAAUAAUUAUAAAAUAAAACAUUUUCUAGUUAAUUAUGAUUAUUUGUAUUUAUAUAUAAAAUAAAUCGAAAAUAAAACAGCGAUAAUAUUUAAGUUAGAAAAAAUAUAUAUAAAAUACUAAACUAUAUAUAAAAUGUAAUUAUUAUUGUUAAUUUCUGUUUUUUAUUUAAAAAACAAAAAAUAGAAAAUGAAUUAAAGUUAAUCUUGUAGAUUAAUAGAACAUUAAGUGAAACAAGAAAAAAAAUU